UGCAACGUUCGUUCUCGCUUUCUUCACGGCCCGUUCUAUGGUUAGCCCAUCCCGACGAGAUGUCCGUGACAUGACCGGAGUUGCUUUCAGAGCAACCUCUGGACCCUUAUCACAGUAGACCGGUUCCCUUGCGUGAUUAAGUGGAGACAGGUACUCCGCAUCACGAUUAGUAGUAGUCAAACAGAAGCCUCUCCUCCCAAUCCUGCGCCCGGCUCUCACAAUCCUCGGCUGAACCGUUCUCAGUGAAGUCUAGACACCUACCGAAUACCGAUCAAGGAAAUCGACUCACCUGCACCCGCAUCAUCAAGCCAGCAGGUCUAGACUCUAGACUCCAAGACUCUAGACUACACUUUCGACACCAUCAGCACCCGCCUUUUCGAAAGCACCGCCAUCAGAAAACAACAACGAGACUAUAAAAAGAAAUGUAACAAUGUCCACCUGGCGCCAAAUGCGCCCCUCCGACCUCCCCUCGGUAAUGCGCAUAGCAAACGAGAUCCACCACGCGCUCCCCGAGAGCGAAACCGUCUUCCGCGAGCGCCUGCGCCUCUUCCCCACCGGCUGCUUCGUGCUGUGUAGCGACAGCAGGAGGGGGGAGAUAGGAGGCUACGUGAUGUCCUUCCCCAUCCGCCGGGGCAAGCCGCCGGCUUUGAAUAGCCAGCUGGGCGAGAUCCCGCCGGACGCGGAUCAGUAUUAUUUGCAUGACUUGGCGAUCUUGCCUGCUUUUCGGGGGAGGGGAGCUGCGAGGGACGCGGUUGGGAGGGUGUUGGAUGUUGCGAGGGGGUUGGGGUACGAUACUGUGUGUCUUAUUUCGGUGUAUGGGACGGUGUUGUUUUGGAAGAGGUUUGGCUUUGAGGCCCCUGAUCCGGGCCAAGUGGAUGAGGUGAUGCGGGAGAAACUGCGCGGUUAUGGGGAGGAGGCGACAUACCUUGUGCGCCGAGAGACGUAGGUGGUUGGGAUCGUUGGUGGUUCAUGAUACAGGUUUCGGAAGUGUUGUGGGAUUCUGGAUGGCUUAGCUAAGGAUGACAUCGCGGUCUCCCGAGUCUGGUGAAGCGAGGUCUGUUCCGCUGCCGUACCUUGUAAUGUAAAACGAUGGUUAAGGUAAUUCUGCUCACUCUUCCGUGAUAUAAUCAAAAAAAAAAAAAAAGAGGAAGAAGAAAGGAGAAGGAGAAAGCAGAACGAGAAAAAGACGAAAAAGAAUGUGGUAUCACCGAUACCAUGAUCUAGCCACGGUUAUAC